AUGGGCACCACGGGCGGCCCCAAAACGGGACUGUCGCGGGAAGCUGAGGCGCGGGGCCGCAUCAAGGCCCUCAGUAGGCAGCAGCUUUGGCGACAAGUUGCGGAGCUUCUUAAUGAGCGUCAGCUCGAUGGUUUUGCCUUUGGCGCCGCCAUCCACGCAGCAGCCGCCGCCACGGCCUGGCAUGCAGCUGUGCACUUCCUCGAGGGCAUGGCUUCAGCGGGGAUAGUUCCUCAGUCAAUCAGUCACAACAGCGCAGCCGUGGCUUGUGGCAAGGCCCACUGGAGCCGUGGGCUUUUGCUGGCCGAGAAUGCGGCUUUGGGCCGCCUUCUCAGCACUUUUGGUGAAGACUGGCGGGCAUCCCUGCGGGUGUUGAGGUCUAUGCCCUCCCAGGAGCUCCGACCGGAUGUGGUGAACUACACCUGCGGACUUCAGUCUGCGGGCGCAGCCAAUUGGGCCAGAGCCCUGCACCUGCUUUGGGCGGGCGAUCAGCGGAACGUGGUGAGCUUUGGGGUGAUGAAGGUUUUUAGGUGGCCUUUGGCACUACACGUCUUGGACACAAUGCCAGCAUGGAGCACCCAGCCAAACGUCCUCAGCUUCAGCUCCCUGGAGUGGGAGUGGCCCAUUGCCCUGUCCUUGUUGGCCAGUAUGACCUUGAGAUCAGUGCAACCCAAUGUCGUGAACUUCAGCAGCUGCAUCGCUGCUUGCGAGAAAGCAGGGUGGCAAAUCGCCGUGGCCCUGCUUGCAGACAUGAGAGGGGCUCGGGUCUUGCCUAAUGCGAUCAGCUACAACUCGGCGAUCAGCUGCUGCCGCGGACAUUUGGCACUUGCGCUGGAGCUGCUCGAAGAGAUGAAGCAAGCAAAGCUUGAGCCGACUGCCGCGAGCUACAGCAGCUGCAUCACUUCAUGCGAGAGGGGCGGCCACUGGCAGAUGGCAUUGCAUCUCCUGGGCUGCCUGCCGAACCCGGUGAGCUUGAGUGCGUGCAUGAGCGCCUGUGAAAAGUGUAGCCAGUGGCAGGUGGGUUUAGCUCUUCUGGCUGACGCCGACUCGGUGGUGGCCUUCAAUUGCGGGCUCGCGGCCUGCGAGAAAGGGGCCAACUUGGGCCUCGGCCUCAGCCUGGUACAGGCCAUGGCCCAGAGGAGGCUCACUCCGGACGUCAUCAGUUUCAAUAGCCUCCUCCAUGGCUGUGCCUUUCAUGGACGCUGGACAUGGGCGUUGGGCCUCUUGGGCGUGCUGGAGAUGCAGGUGAACCAGAUCAGCCUGAACUCGGCCACCAGCGCCUGCGCAGCGGCGUCCCAGUGGCUGAAGCCCUUGGAGCUCCUGCUCAGCUCGCAGCGCCGGAGCUUGCAGGCGAGCGAGAUUUAUUGGGGAGGCUGCUUGGAGGCUUGCCAGCGCGCCAGCCGCUGGCAGUCAUGUUUGCUGGCGCUGGACUCCGCGGGGAUCGCCGGGCUGUGCAGCUGCAUCACCGCGUGUGACGCGGCCGGGCGCCCGCAGGCGCGGCUGCUGGCUUCGCUGGGCUCGGAGCUCGAGAAGGUGCUUGCGUUCCUCUACCGCUACUUGGAGUGGGGUGUCUCAGUUGCCGGCCUCUCCGCAGUCAAGGUGCCUGGUGUGGAGAAUGUCAACCUCGACGGUUUGGGCAUUCAAGGGCAUCAUGAUUACCCGCGCCACAUCGCCAACAUCCUAGCCAAGAUCCGGAUCGGUGAGCAGCGCUGCGAGGUCCAACCUGAGGCUCCCAAGCCCUCUGGUGCUGCCUUCCUCUGA